ACUGAGUGAAGCAGCAGCCAGAUGUAGAGUGCGCGUGCGCAAGAUACAGACUGAGGAUUUGAACUUUCCCGUCCGCUUACUGUAAUACAGCGAGAACUCCGUCUCCCAUAGGUUAACCAAGACGUCACUACCGUAAUCCUCCACGUCAUUGUUCGUCUAGUUACUUGCAGAUUCAGUCUACCUCUGGCCGCGGAGGGUGCAGCUUUGACGGCUCGGGUAUACACGCAGCAAUCAACGGCUGACCGUGCACAGCGGAGGCUGGGGAUGGUCUCUAUGGGAGACAAUCUGUAGAGAGAGUGGCCUUUCAAUCUAGCGGCACCAGGCUACCCAGAUCUCAAGAACUCUUUGAGUCUAGGCGGCAACUGCUUGUCACCGUCACCUUCCCACGAAAUCUGCCGACCAAGCUUACCAUCACGCCGCUGUUCCCAAGCUAAUCGACAGGCGUCGACUGCUCCGAUCGUUAGUAAAACACAUCAUUGACGCCCGGAAUCCGACUCCCUUUCACGCCCCUUCGCUGCUCCGCCCUGAUUGCCACCCAGAUAUGAAACGUUUAUUUGUCUCCCAAAUCGAGCCGCAAUGGUCGCGGGUGGGCCCACAGGAGAAAACGAGCUCCUUCGACAAAGCUCAGAGUGAAUCCUGCUCGCGAGAGUGGAGAGAAUUCGUGAGCGCCACGCGAUUGCGGCGGCCUUGUCCCGAAACGGUGCUUCUUGGUCCUAUUAUUCAUGGAUCAGGAUCUAAAUAGCUCAUAUUUCCGUGCGUUGGAGAGCCAGCACACAGCAUACAUCAUGACCGUUCUACCCUUUAUCUAGCUGGCAGAGGAAUAGAGCUAACCGGUGAACCUUCCUCCUUGAGCCACGUCGUAGAUUUGGGAUCUUCGCCUUAUACCUUCUGGCCGCGGCGCAAUCGAAGAUCACUGCGUUUCUAAAAUAUCAGGGUAUUAGAAGGUUCUAAAAUCUCUGCGUGCAGGAUUUUCUCGUCUUAGCUCAGCUUCCACUCACCGCCAAAUUCCGAUUGAAUACCAUUUUCGAAAACUUAUCGGAAGACUGGCUGGGGCUCCUCAGCUCUCUCUCGAAAAGACUCUACUAUUUGAGUUCUCCUGCUCGUCUUUCUCUUCAAGGAGCCAUAACCUUUCCUUCAUGCGUUUGAACUGCGCCUGAUCUUCAUGUCCGAACCGUUCUGGGUUUGUUUUGAAGCGCGAGAGUAACCAUGGAGUCCUUCAAGGUUUACAUUUCAGACGAAGAGGAUUGCUUAUCUCCUUCCUCCCUCCCCUCCGUCUCCCCGCCUUCGUCGCCGUCAUCCCCGCCUGGCUCGUGGCUUCGCGGUCCUCUUCUUGGCUGCGGAGCCUUCGGUAGCGUCAGCCUCGCGAUUGACGGCACGACCGGCCACCUGAUGGCCGUCAAAUCGGUAACGGCAAGCGGUGACGGGGACCGUCAGCAGCCGUCCAGGGAGCUGCAGGCGCUGGAGAACGAGCGGCAGAUCCUGCAGAAAGUGAGCUCGCCGCGGGUGAUCGAGUGCUACGGCGCGGAUUGGUCGGAAGAAAACGGCGUCAGAUCGCGAAAUCUCCUCCUAGAGCUCGCGUCAGGAGGCUCCCUGGCCAAUCUUUUGAAGAAAUUUAACAAGGGAGACGGAUUGGACGAGAUCCUGGUUAGGAGGUUCACGCGGGGGAUCGCGGAGGGGCUCCGCGAUCUGCACGCGCACGGGAUUGUUCACUGCGACGUGAAGGGCCAGAACGUGCUGCUGUGCAAGACCGGCGUUAAGCUCUGCGACUUCGGCGCGUCCUUCCAGCUCGACUCCCCUGGAUCCCCGGGAUCCUCCCAGCUCUAUUCGCCUCCGUCUCAACCGUUAUCUUCUGACGACUCCAAGGGAAGCCGUGUGCAACGGCGAUCCGUCAAUUUCAAGGAUGCGAGAGGCUGUGAAGCUGGAGUCGCAGGCGGUCGCGGUGCAGGGUCUGCGAAAUUGGCGGGGACGGCGGAGCGGAAGCAGAUGAAGGGGACGAUCUGCUGGAUGGCGCCCGAGGUGGUCGCAGAGGAAGGCGCGACUCCCGCUUCUGACGUCUGGUCGCUGGGAUGCACCGUCAUCGAGAUGCUGACGGGACGUCCGCCAUGGGUUUCCAGGGAGGCCGUUACCCAGAAUCGCCAGAAUCCGAAAUCGUUCAUGUCGGUUUUGUACAAGAUUGGCUGCUCGGUGGAGGUUCCUGAAUUUCCGGCGGGAAUUUCGGCUCAGGGACGGGAUUUUCUGCUGAAAUGUCUGGAUCGCGAUCCUGACGGACGGUGGUCGGCGGAGGAUCUCCUGCAGCAUCCGUUCAUCCACGUGGCGUCAGAUGGCGGGGAAAGCGAGGCUGAAGAUUUCAACUUCUGCAGCAGCAGUCCGGAAGCUUCAGGUGCCAGUGGUGCUGUUCAACGGCAAGUGGCUGGUGAUCAGCAUGCUGCUUGCGUGGUCACUGAUAGCUUCAAUGUGCAACCCCCGGCCAGUGAGCCUGCAUCUGGGGUUAUUGUUUCCAACAUGGCUCCAGAGGAGCAUCCCCGUCCAGCCUUCACCAUGCCGCCUCCUCUCAAUGUCUCCUUUGAUUUCACCAGUGAGCCAAGCGCUGGACUCUUGACUGCGCGUGGGGGAGGUCGCAGCUGCUUUGAAGGUCUCAGCAGCCUCACCAGCUUCGACCAGAGCCCGGCAUCCAUGGAUGAUUCACCGAAUGCAGACGCCACUGGCGCUGUGGAUUCUGCUGCAUUCAAACUAUUCGACAAUGCAUUUGCUUCUUCUUUCUUCUCGGGAUCUCCCUCACCUCAUCUCAUCUCCCCACUUCACGAGGUGGCCCGUGCCUUCAGUGCCGGUUCUUUCUCAGACCAGCUCUCCCCAUCAGACAAGAUUUCUCCAGGGUCUCCUGAUGAGCGUUCAUUCCCGCCUGCACGCUCAGCACCUGGGUCCUUCCAAUCUCCUGCUCAGCCUGAAGCAUCUCCGUCUUCUGCUCUGUUUACUGUCUUCCAAAACUUGAAUUCUCGUGAAGAGUCCUCUCCUGCUCUGCCUGUAAGGGCGCUCCCUCUAGUUUCCGAGAUUUCUCUUUCUCCUGAGCCGAAGAUCGGCUGUGGCCUGUCACUGGUGUGUCAGGAUUCGCCAGCUGCAAGCGCAGGCGCUGCGUGUGAUGAUGAUGCCAGUUGCUGCUGUGCCAUUGACAGUGAAUGCAGCCAAGUUCCUUCAUGGAGAUUCGCGCCUUCCAGGGUUAGUGAUCCCGUGUCACACUCUAAGGGAAGAACUUCUGAGGGGCUGGUUUCUGGGGGGGAGGCUGGUUAUUUUCGUGCUACUCUGCAUGGCAUUCUACCUAUGGUGGGUCAGAUGUCAAGGGUUUUUUUUAGGGCUGAAGCUACAUCGGGCUGAUGGUACAGUGUAUAUAAGACAUGCAGUGGACAAGCAUUGC